GAAGCCGAUGUUUAGGUCACACCUUAUCAUUUGAUUUAGACUUCAACAUUUGACCGUUUGAAACAUGAUGUUUGUCGCACUCAUAUUUGCAAUAUGUUUCCAUUUGAUGGGUUUAUCAGGUGUAGACGGAGCGACGUGUCUUACAAAAUCUACCUGUGUUCGGACAGACUUCACUCUGCCUCUGUGUAUCGACGACACAUGUGUAUGCCUGAGCUCGAAUUAUGUUCCCAUUCGAUCUGGAUGCGGUCUGCAGAUGAUAAAGAAGCCAGUGAUCAGUGCUUUACGCUAUGCCAAUCAAGUUCUAUCAGGUCGAAGUUUUUCGCUGACCUGUCAUCUUGAUGAAUAUUUAUAUGAAUAUUACACGUACGAAUGGUACCUGGGAAAGACCAAACUAGAUACCUCUACUUUUAGACACACAGCUGUAGCAGAUGCAAAGACUGUAGGCUCAUUUACUUGCAAAGUAGUGACAUCGGAAAGCGAUCUGACCUCACCUUUAAGUGACCCAUAUGAAGUGGUCUUGUUGGGUGGAGUCAGUGGCAAGGACACAUCCAACGAAGCGCCAACGUUAUCAGUACCUACAAGUUCAGCAUUUGAUGGUUCUAUUGUGAAACUUCAGUGCAACAACAUACCGAUGGGAUACUCGGACGUUAUAACUUAUACGAUCAACGGGAAAGCCACGACAGACUCUUCGGUGGAGAUCACCAGUGCUACCGCAGGUAAAGGUGUCUCCUGUACCUUGACAAGCCCAUCUGCAGGCGUAACAUAUUCUACACCAAAAAGUGCUGUUGGCUAUUUGCCGACAUUGACCACAAGCAUUUCCUCUGCUGUUGUCAUCGAAUAUAGUAGAAAUCCAAAUAGACUUGUUUGCCAGCUGACACCCAGCGCUGAUUAUCUUCCGUCAUCUGAAGUCACUUACACUUGGAACUCGGAUGGUCAAGAAAUAUCCAGUGGAACAAGUGCAACAUUAAGCCCGGCUGGCUAUGGAGUUAAUGAUAUUACAUGUACAGCUCAGCUAAGUGGCCAAACAGCGGUCUCUUCACGUAGAUUUAGAUAUACCUCCUAUGACGUAGUACCAGCAGCCAGUAAAACUAAACCAUUACAAGGUGAUCGGGUCAUAAUUACUUGUGGAGAAUCCCUCCAGGAGACAGUGCAGUAUAUUUGGAAGAAAAAUUCCUUAUUUCUACAGCGACAGUUUGACCGGAAGCUGCAAUUGGACAACGUCGAUACCACAGACAGCGCCACCUAUUCGUGUGGUACAAAAAACAAUGAAUUGUUGCCGAACUUUAAGGAGGUCAAAGUUGAAGUACAAAAUACUAUUCCUACACCAGCAAUUAAGCUCAUUGGGGAAUCUGGUUGCGAUUCAAGGGUAGGGGAAUAUGGCAACUAUUGGCUUGUUUGCUUUACUGAGUCGGAUACAGAUGGAAUGACUUACGAGUGGACAGUUAACGGCUCAAUAUCUACCCAGUCGACCAAAUUUUUCCACCUUCCAUCUGUAACUAGAAGUGACAACGGACAGUAUGUGUGCACGGCCAGGUAUAAACGUUUGACCAGUGAAGCCAGUAGUCCAUUCAAUGUCACAGUCACAAAACCUGGCAAGCUUUGUAAUGAAGACAGCUCGUGUGUGCUCCCUUUUGAUGGCUACACGGGUGUAUGUGACAAUGAAAGGUGUGAAUGCUCAGAAGGCUACUCACAGAAGGGCGAAGUAUGCUCAGGUGUGAUGUCAUACAUGGGCUCUACUGUCAUCGUAGUUCUGGCACUUCUGUACAGACUUGUGUAGACCAAAUAGAGAAA